UGUCUUCAAAAUCCUCUAGUGACAUCUCAGUUGACUCUUCCUCAGACACCAUGUCUGACUCCUCCUCUACAUCCUCAUCAGAGGGGACAAGAAGAAGAAGAGGAUGAAAAAGAAGGGGAAAGGGAAAAAGUAUGGGAAGAAGUCAAAGAAAAUGGAAACAAAAACACGUCAAAGAGCUCAAACACCACAGCAGGUGGUGGCACGAUACAAAAAAAUUCUUCGACACUUCAGUAGAGGAGGGACAAUGUCAGCGGCUUUCAAGCAUGUUGGGGUGGACCGGAACACAGUCGUGGUCAAUGCUCCAAUCGCAGAGCUGUACAUCAUUGCACCUAGCAAAUUUAAAGAACUCCUUAAAAACCCCAGCAGUCAGGUUAAACUUAGUGUGUUUGCCACAGAAUGUGCCGCUGCAAUUCAAGAGGAUCCAGCUAUAGAAGAUACUAUCAAAGCCUUUAAGGCAUCUGGGAAGCUGCUGCCCUUAAACAAAAAUGAACUGACCUAGGAUCUGGGGAAGGUUUCACAGUCAAUCAGACUAAAGUUGUUCACGAUCUGCAUUGCUGUUUUCAAAUGUUUUAAAGUUUGUACUGAGGUAGUUACUCUGUGAAAUAUUUUUAUAUAUUGUUAUUGUUGUUUAAUUUUAACAACAAGUAGUAUUUUUGCACUGGUAAAUUGUUUUUUACACUACAGAAAUGUAUAUAUAUUUUUUAUAUAUGAGACUGCAGUGUCCUAGUUUAAUUUUACUGCACUUUAUGUUUUGGGAGAUGUACAGGAAUUUUUUUUCUAUAAUAUU